AUGGAUGGCGACGGCUUUGUGGUGCCCGAGGACGAGGUCGGUCGAGGUGGCGAGCUGGCGGCUCUCGUCCACGGACGGGUGCAGUCGGCGGUGGACGAGCUGCGGCGAUCGGAUUUUUGGCACGUGUUUGCGGAAGACAUCCUGCCGCGAGUGCAAGAGCUGGCGGAGGAUCGACGGGUAGUGGUGCUGGCGGCUGGGCUCGGACGGAUGGUUGGAUCGCGGGUUGCGCAGCUACAGCUGGCGCUCUUGCUGCAGUUGGCGGAUGCGCUCGGUGCAGAUCGGGAAGCCGGCGACGUCAAGGUCUUUGAUCCUGCCUUUGACGAGGGCAGCGAUGUGGCGGCGCUCGCCAGCCUGCCUGAUGAGCUUGGCGGGCCGCUCGAGGUGGCUGCGGCGUGUCUGACCAGCGCUGAGCUGGAGGAUGCCCUGGCAAACAGUGCGAGUGGCGAUGGCAACGUGCUCCUCAUUUGCUACCUUCCGCACACCGAUGCUGAGUUGACGGCCCAAGUGCUGACGGCACUUGAGACUGCGGGUGAGAACGCAGCGGUGAUCGUUGCCAACUCGAUCACGGACCACGUGGAGCUGGUGGAGGCUGUGGCGACGUACAAGCGCAAAGGGUCCGAGACGCUUGUACGUGCGCUGCGCGAGGCGUGUGUGGUGGCGGACGAGGUGCCGCUGCCCGAAGCCGAGGCGCACGCGCUGUGUGUGGGUGCGUUCAAUGGCCUUGCGCUCCACGUCGUCGCCUGCGCGAACGCGAUGUGA